GCGGUUUGCGCUCGGAGUAUCUCCGGCGAGAGGCUGGCAGCGAGAAGUAAGGCGCUGGGAUCCUUGUUUUUGACUCACAGCAGCUCCCUCUCCAGCAGCGGCAGGAGGGGGAGGGGCGGGACGCUGGGAGAAAGUGGAACAUCUCAGCAUCCUCCACGAAGGAGGAUGCUGCGCACUGACGCCAAUUAUCAGUCUUUAAAAAUGGCCUCGUCCUGUGCGAGUGAGCUCAAGGUCCUCCUCGGGAUGGAGCUGAUGUCACAGCCUAAAAUGAACUCUGAAGGAAGCGAAAGUAGACCUGCCCCACCCACCUCCCUACCUCUGGAAGGAGGCGCCACCCAGCGAAAGAAGCUAUCAGCCCCCUGCAUCAGCCUCUCUCUGGACCAGAGCGAGGACGACUUAGGGGAGACGCCGGAUGACCUUGACAUCAACGUGGAUGACAUUGACACUCCAGAUGAAGGCGAUUACCUGGACUGCACGGACCACGAGAUGGAUUGGGACGAUCCCAAAGCAGCUAGUCUAAGUCGGACAAGCGAGUUGUACGACUCCAUUCCGACCUACGGCGGCGAGGAGGAGCGUCAGGAUGGCAAACUAUGGCGGACGGUGAUCAUCGGUGAGCAGGAGCAUCGCAUCAACAUGAAGAUCAUCGAGCCGUACAUGCGAGUCAUCUCCCAUGGAGGCUAUUACGGCAAUGGUGUGAACGCCAUCAUCGUGUUUGCCGCCUGUUUCCUGCCAGACAGCAACAGCGAUGACUAUCACGAAAUCAUGGAGAACCUUUUCCUGUUUGUAAUCAGUACCUUGGAGUUGAUGGUGGCAGAAGACUACAUGAUCGUGUAUUUAAACGGAGCCACGCCCCACAGAAGAAUGCCGGGCCUUGGUUGGCUGAAGAAAUGUUACCAGAUGAUCGACAGAAGGCUGAGGAAGAAUUUAAAAUCCUUCAUCAUUCUGCAUCCAUCUUGGUUCAUCAGGACCAUCCUCGCCAUCACCAAGCCUUUCAUCAGCACCAAGUUCAGCAGCAAGAUCAAAUACGUCAACAGUUUGGACGAGCUGCGAGAUCUCAUCCCUAUGGAAAACGUCAACAUCCCAGAGUGCAUCAUGAGACUUGACCAGGAACUGAAGGAAGCAGGCGAGAACUUCAUAGUGAAUAGUUUUUUGCUGGGAUCAGAGCCAACGGCUGCCGACACAACAGACAGAGCAGACCAAGCCGGUGCCAGCGGCCCUUAAAGUCACUGUCCUGUUGUGUGUGUGCGUGUGUGAGUGUGUUAAAAAAUAUUAAAUUUUAGAGUUGAAUGUGUCAGCUGGUAAUAGGAAUAAGUCCCAUGCACACACGGAGGAACAGUAGAUGUUAUUCCCAUGGAAUACAUCGGCACUCUCCAUCUACAGUGUUUUGUUUUGUGUUGUUGUUGUGGUGGUGUGCAUGACAGGAAGUGAGGCAAUAAUAACACCCUGCUCACGCACACAUCCCCUCUAUCAGGAUGUCACCUUUUCAGAAUAAUAUUGUGACUAAAACAAUAACAACAACAACAAAUGUGCAUAAAAGUCGCAAUGCUGAAUUUGAUUUAAUGGAGCCUCCCCGGACACUUCAUUAGGUACACAUCCCAUUACUGUUGUGGUUUGGCAUCAUUUUGACUACUGUUUUUUUAAUUGUAUUUUGUAUUUUUUUUCUAGAAUAUUACAAACUUUUGAAACUUUUUAAAAAAUAUAUGUAAAAUAUUUAGAAAACAUUAUUAUUGUUUUUUUCCCUACAGUAAUGUCGAAUUCCACUACAUCAAUUGACAGCAAAUUUCCCAAAAAAUUUAAUAAUAAACUAAAAUAUAAUACAUUUGAUAAUUUUUCAUUCUAAAUAUAGUUUUUAAAUAUACUAAAAACUUGAAAAUAAUUUUAUUUUAAAAUACUUGAACAUAUUUAAAAAUAUAUAAGUUUAAGAUUAUUUAAAAAAUAGUUUUUAGGGGUCCAAAAAUUUAAUGAAAAAAAUAUCUAAAAUAUUAUACAUUUGAUAUUGUAUUCUAAAAAAAGAUAUUGUUACAUACAUUUUUAACACCCUAUAACACAUAUUUAAAAAAUAUAUAUAGUAUUUUUUUCAAAUGAGGUUCUUGUGGUUUAAACAUUCACUGCAUCUUACUGAUAAUGAAAAAAAAAUAGUCUAAAAUAUUACAAACUUAAUAUUAUGUAUUAAAACUAUUUUAAUGAUGUAACGGUAUGUUUAAGAUAAUUUUUUAAAUAGUUUGUAGUGGUCUACUUAUUCACUGCAUCAUACUUACAGCAGUUUCCAAAAAUGUAAUGAAAACAAUUAUCUAAAAUAUGAUACAUUUGAAAUUUUAUUCUAAAAAAAGUAUUUACAUUUUUAAUACCCUAUCAGACAUAUUUAAAAAAAAUAUACAUUAUUUUUUUCAAAUGAGAUUCUUGUGGUUUACACAUUCACUGCAUCUUACUAAUAAUAAAUACAAAUAGCUUAAAAUAUUAUAAACUUAAUAAUUUUUCAUUCUAAAAAUAUGUAUUACAACUAUUUUAAUGAUUUAACUGUAUGUUUAAGAUCAUUUUUUUAAAUAGUUUGUAGGGGUCUAUGAAUUAAUGGAAUCGUACUGACAGCAGUUCCCAAAAAAUGUAAUGAAAAAAAACAUCUGUAGAAUUAUAAAUUUGAUAUUUCAUUUUUUAAAAAAGUAUGUAGUAGUAACAUGUAUUUUUAACACCCUAUAACACAUUUUUUAAUUUUUUUUAAUAAAUAUAUCGAUUGUUGUGGUAUACAAAUUCACUGCAUCUUACUUAUAGCAUUUUCCCCCAAAAAUAUUUUAAAAUAAUCUAAAAUAUUAUAAACUUGAUCAUUUUUAAUUCUAAAAAUUUUAGUAAAAACUAUUAAAAAUAUGUUCAAAAUGUUCAUUUUAAAGCACGUUUCAAAUGAUGUAAUGGUAUGAUUGAGAUCAUUUUUAUAAUAGUUUGUAGUGGUCUACAAUUUCCAGGCAUCACUCUGACAACAGUUGCCAAAACAUUUUAUGGAAAAAAAAAGAAGUAUGUAUAUAUAUAUAUAUAUAUAUAUAUAUAUAUAUAUAUAUAUAUAUAUAUCCAUCCAUCCAUCCAUUUUCUACCGCUUAUUCCCUUUCGGGGUGGCGGGGGGCGCUGGCGCCUAUCUCAGCUACAAUCAGGCGGAAGGCAGGGUACACCCUGGACAAGUCGCCACCUCAUCGCAGGGCCAACACAGAUAGACAGACAACAUUCACACUCACAUUCACACACUAUAUAUAUAUAUAUAUAUAUACAGUAUGUGUGUAUAUAUAUAUAUAUAUAUAUAUAUAUAUAUAUAUAUAUAUAUCCAUCCAUCCAUCCAUUUUCUGCCGCUUAUUCCCGUUCGGGGUCGCGUAUAUAUAUAUGAAAAAAAUCCUUGGAAUCUUAAAAAAAUAGAAUAAAAUGAUGGUGGCUUACAAACACCCUGCAUCAUACUGACAGCGGGUGUAUUGAAAAAAAAAAAAAAAUAAUAAUGUAAAUUUGAAUAUUACAAUGUUUAAGAAAAAAAUAGUUAUGGUUUACAAAUGUACUGUAUUAUACUGACAAAAGUUUAAAAAGGUAAUGAAAAGAAAAAUUGUAAAGUUGCUCGUAUUCAAUUCUAAAAAUAUUUGAUUCUGAAAAAAAAAUAUAUAAAUCUUUUUGAGAUAUGUUUUACUACUUUACGAGAGAUAUUCAUUUAUUAAUUGAACAAAGUGUUUAUUAUGGUUGGCAGCAUCCUACUAACCCUACUAUAUAUAUAUAUAUAUAUAUAUAUAUAUAUAUAUAUAUAUAUAUAUAUAUAUAUAUAACUUUCUGAUAUUUAAUCCUAAAAAAUACAGAGAGUUGUUACCAUUUAGGUAUACUAGAUAAAUGCAAUAAUAAACAUGAAUACUAGAGUAUUCAAUGGCAGUGUCCCUGCUAGUGUGGGUGUACCUAAUUAAGUGACCAUUGAGAGUGUUUCUAACUACUAUCAUGUCAUUUUAGUGAUGAGCUACUGUACCACAUUAUUUUUGGUCACUUUCUCCUAGAAAAAACUGUAAACAUCAAGAGGAUUAAGCACAAUAUCUUCUGUGUGUGUGUGCCUUUGUGCAUUAGUAUCCUCUAAGAUACACUAAUUGAUGAUGUAAUGUACACAAACGAUGGUCACACGUGACUUGUAGUAUAUUAAUAAAUAGACUUGUGUCUGAACCUUU